CACCAACAUUCACUUCAUCUUCAGCACAGCCAAAAGCUAGGCAAUAACAAGAUUAUUAUUGGAAGUUUAUAAAAACAUUUCCGAGUCAAUCUUCAAGUGGACAAUGCCUCUCCACUAUCCUCCCAUUCGAUUAGGACAACAGCCAUCCAAUCAUCAUGGCUCAUCAUCAGGAGGUUUAUAUCAUCAUCAAGGUAGUUCUACUUCGUUAUUGUCGAGAGAGGACUCAUCAAUUGAUAUUUGCAUAACAGGAGAGAAGAGCCAUUUUGUCAGACAACAUAGUGGAAGGAGCAACAGUCAGACACCAAGGUUAGCCAAUCAUAAUAUUCGGAAUAUUGCUUCACCAAUUCCUCAUCCAAUCAAUGCUUCCUCUUUUAAUACAUCGACGACAACAACAAAUCAACAUCAUCAGACGGUGAUGAAUAAUAGUGCUAGUAUUAAUACCAAUGGUAACAAUAUUCCUCUAACUCUUGAUUCUAAUUUAUCGAGCAUAUUGAAGGAACACUUGGACGAAUCACUUAUUAAUUUCCUUCAACAAAAUCCUCAGCUAAUUGACUCGAGUGCAAUUAGUUUACUAAAUCUUGUAAAUAAGCAUGCUUCUUCUAAUAAUCAACAAGUUGUACAACCUCAAACAACUCUACCCGAACAUACAUCAAACUCCCAACAUCAAGGUAUUCCCAACUUGACUGUAAAUAAUAGUAGUAUGAAUAAUGAGGCAGUUUCAUCCUCUGAACCAAAGAUUACAAUCAUUAGAGAAUACAAACAACACAUGAAACCUACCACUAAAACGAAAAAGAAACCAAAAUAUGUCCCACCCACCAUGGAUAAAGCUGUAAGGAAAAAAGAGGACAGAUUAUGUGCUCUUGUCGUUCCCAAUAAGCAAAGUGUAGAGUUUCCAGAUGAAUUUGAAUUCAAUGAAAAACACAAAUCAUUUAUUUACAAUCCAGAACCUACAAAGACUUCGUUUUUGGAAAGAUUAAGCUUUUUGGAUAGUAAGAAAUCAAGGGAUAGGAGUUUGAAUUAUUCAAUAUCCAAUCAAAAGGAAGGAAAUCCAAUAGAGCUAUUUUCAAAUAAUGACAUUAGCUAUUACAACAAGUCUGAUUUUUUGUUAGCUUCUGAAAAAUUUGUAAAAACGGAAAAGGAACGAAAUAAUGGAACAAUUCCUCAAUGGAACAAAAUUACUGAUAAUAUUCCAAUGGGUUUUAUUGACGAUCUCAAUGCAGAUUAUAUCAUUCAACCUGUUGAUAGAUCAAACUCAGUGAUACCAGAAGAAGUGGAAGAAGCACCAGCAGAACGUGAAACCUUCUUCAUUACAGGACUGGACGAAACAAAUAACACUAACAACUCGAUACUUUCCAAAACUCAAAAAUCUAACACUCAAAAAUCAGAAAUGCCAGAACUACCCUCUCGAAUCAGUACCCCUAACUAUGUGUUAUUCUCUAGAGAUGGCACUAAUCUUUCCCAAAUGUCACAACACUCACAAAGAAGUGUUUCUCCUAAUGUAUCUGUAAACCUCUCACGACCUCACUCAACCCUAAGCUACCAUUCAGUUCCCUCUAACAAUUACCUUUCCAAUCACUCGCUAAUUUACCAAGAAAAUGCACCACCAAGACCAAACACUUCCAUGAAUGUGGAUAGAACAGCAGUACUCUCUGCUAAAAAGAAGUGGAAUGUCUUUCCUCCUCGUCAGAAAAUCAUUGUGAAUAAUCCUAACAAACCAAUCAAUAGUUUUGUUGCUGAGCAAUCGAUGAACUUGUAUCACUCCUCGAGCAGUAGAAUGGAUUUUUCAAGAAGUGCCACACCUUUAUCCACAUUAAGAGCUAAAAGCUCAAUGUCCUCUCGAUCUGGAUACUCUAUAAAUACAAGUCAAUCCCAUGAUAGCUCAGAACAGGAAGAAAUUGUAAUUCGACUUCCUGACCAAUGUCUAAUCUCUGCCACAAGCAAACCAAUCAUUUCCAAGCCAACCCCAAUCAAACAACACUCAAUUUUCAACAAGAGUCAAGAUAGAACUUGCAAUUCCAUCAAUAACAGAGAUCUCCUCAAUAUUUCACCCAUAAACAACCAAUAGUUUAAU